UCACCCAGAGGCAGAAGAGACGUCUGUUCAAUCUGGAACUUAAUCUUCAAAAAGGUCCAGAUCUGAUGAAAUGUCGUCUACAACCCAGACUGUGCUGAUGCUGUGGAGCAUCGUGCUGGUUCUGGUUCCAGGGACCAGAUCCAGACCAGCCACAGAGGACCAAGAGCUGAAGCCACACAGACCGAUCCUGCAGGACGGUCUGCUGAAAGACCAAACUGCAGCUGUCGGCAGUGAUGUGACCUUUGAAUGUAAGGUCCUGAGUGAACCGUCUCCACACAUCCAGUGGCUGAAACAUCUCACCAUCAACGGCAGUGAUGUUGGACCAGAUGGACUUCCCUAUGUCCGUGUGCUCAAGACUUCAGGAAAAGAUGAAGACAUGGAGAUCUUGACUCUGAGGAACGUGUCUCUGGAUGAUGCAGGACAGUACACCUGUCUGGCUGGAAACACGUUUGGGAUCGCCUAUCACUCUGUCAGGCUCACGGUUGUCAGCGGACCCAGCGGUAAUAUUCCCCAGACUCUGGAGAUGUUUCCUCCAGAGGCGGAGCCUAGCAGACCGCUCCUGCAGGACAGUCUGCCGGCAGACCAAACUGCAGCUGUCGGCAGUGAUGUGACCUUUGAAUGUAAGGUCCUGAGUGGAGUUUUUCUCCACAUCCAGUGGCUGAAACACAUCACCAUCAACGGCAGUGCUGUUGGACCAGAUGGACAUCCCUACGUCCGUGUGCUCAAGACUUCAGGUAGAGAUAAAGGCAUGGAUGUUCUGACUCUGAGGAACGUGUCUCUGGAUGAUGCAGGAGAGUACACCUGUCUGGUGGGAAACAUGUUUGGGAUCUCUCAUCGCUCUGCCAAGCUCACAGUUGUCAACAGACCCAGCCAUAAUAUUCCCAGACUCUGAAGAUCCAGGGACGUGUGACCCACACAUGAUUCUGAACUGGUUUGUCAGAACCACAACACUGAAAAUGUCAGACAUGCAAGCUCAGCAAUAAGAGGGGAUACAGGGGAGGGCCAAAACUGGGGACCAUGGACUUCAGCAAAAUCAUGGUCCAUUUAUAAGUUAAUCUGUGAUAUCCAUAUUUGAACCUGAAUAAAAACCACUCUGAUCAAAG